GCUUCUACCUAGCUGAGGGCAAGAAGGUGGUGGUGGGCGGGAAGCGGAAGGCGAGUCCGUGGCAGUACAACGUCAUCAACUGGAAACAACCCACCGUCAAAGCUGGAGACGUCCUCGUGUUUCGGUGGAGGUUCCUGCCGCACGACGUGUGGGUGAUGAACUCGCAGACCGCCUACGCCAACUGCGAUUUCUCCGCCGGUAGUUCCACCAAGAAAACGGGCAUCUCCGUGACCGGGAAAUACAAGUUCAAAGUGCCAAGUACAGCAGCAGGAACCACAUUAUACUUUGGCUGCAGUGUACCAGGGCAUUGUUCAGCAGGGAAGAUGAAGGCUGCUAUUAAAAUCAGUGCUGCAUGA